AUGUUCGAACCCUUUCGGUUCGAUCUCUAUUUAUACAAGUUACAGCUCGGCCCAUACUCGAUCGAUCUCCUCUCCCCGUGGGCUCAGUCGAAUGCUGUUGUGUCGGGAUCGAGCUACUGUGCAGUGACGGGAUCGAUCGAGCUACUGUGCAGCUACGGGAUCGAUCGAGCUGGUGCUGCAGUAACGGGAUCAAUCGAGCUAUUGUGCAGUGACGGGUUCGAUCGAGCUGGUGCUGCAGUAACGCGAUCGAUCGAGCUACUGUGCAGUGACGGGAUCGAUCGAGCUACUGUGCAAUGA